AUGGACCUCAGUGAAGAGAUGAAUGCGAACAGCAGACGUUCGCAGCAUGGUGUGGAUCCAACAGCGGGCCAUCUGCAGAUGCCAGGCGCGUGGUAUUACGAAGAAGAGCUUACUGGAUCUCCAAUUAAUGACGCUGAUGACGCUGCGAUGCUUCGAACUUUCCAGACAAGUGCUGCCGGUGGUGUGCGCAACGUAACGCAUGCUGUUACUGUUCCAUCGUCGGAGCACGUUGCUGAAAUCGUUGGGCGACAGGGUUGCAAAAUCAAGGCUCUUCGCGCGAAGACCAACACCUACAUCAAAACCCCAAUUCGCGGCGAUCCAUCAGUUUUUGUUGUAACCGGUCGUCCAGAGGACGUGAUGGAGGCGAAACGUGAAAUCGAGUGCGCUGCCGAACAUUUUACGCAUAUUCGUACUUCUCGACGACACUCUCAAGGGGGAACACAUGUGGCCGGACAUGUUACAAUUUACGUUCGGGUACCGUUGCGUGUUGUCGGUCUCGUCGUUGGUCCAAAAGGUGCAACGAUCAAAAGAAUUCAGCAAGAGACGCACACCUAUAUCAUAACACCAAGUCGUGAGCGUGAGCCAGUUUUCGAGGUCACUGGAAUGAAGGCAAAUGUCGAACAAGCUCGCAAAGAGAUCGAAGAUCACAUUUUCCAGCGCACUGGAAACAUGCCAAUUACCGACUCCAAUUUGAUUCCGGCGAUGAACAUGGAUAAUCAUAUGUGUCAUAAUAUGGCUAUGGGCUACAAUCCGCCGUAUAACCAGGAGAAUCGUUCAAACGACUUUGACAUGCGCCAGUUGGCCGAUUCUAAUAUGGGACUCUCGUCUUUGCUUCGCAGUUUUCCAUCGAUGCGUAGCGCUUAUUCCAGCGACGUUUUCGCCAACGAAUUUGGCUCCCACCGCCAUAGCCUUGGUGCUACUUCUCCAUUACAUGCUUCCAAUUUUUUCAACAUGCCGCCAAGACAGUCCCGUUACUGCGCGGAUUCUACCAGAAACUCGCUGGGAAAUCUUCUCGACGGCGAUAUUUUCGGAAAAAGCGUCGAAUCAUUCGGCAACUCAUCGCUUUGGUCUUCGACAAUGGGACUUAAUAGCGAAGACACCAUGCGUCAUACUACCUCGCCAACAUCAAGCCUCGUUUCAUUGAAUCCUAUUUCGUCCAGCUUUGGAGGAAUAUUGCAGUCAAUUUGGUCCGAUAUUCCAAGUUCGUCUCGAUGCUCACUUCCUUCGACUGCAACCCCUUCGUCUGCUGAAGUGUCACCAGUCGAUUCUCUCGCUGCCUCGCCAAAAUCGACCUGUGACGAUGAAAAAACGUUGGUGGAAAACCCGGCGAGUCUUAUCGCCUAA